AGCUGAUUCUGCCCGCCAAACCGGCUCCUCGACGAGCUGCACUGUUGCCGGGAUCAUCCCACGCCACAACUCUGUUGAGCGUGUGCCGCUGCUGGCUGUCGAUACGACCCUGCCUCCAGAUCUCCGUCGCCCUGCUGCACAGCGGUCGUGGUUGCGUGCCGCGUAACGCGAGGCCUUCCCGUCUGCUUCCUCCACCGAGAGAAGACAAGAGAGGACGAAUAGGUGGUGUGUAGACGGCCAAAACAGAGCGAAACAACAGCGAGGUAUCUCCAUCUGUCUACCUACACCAUACACCACCCGCCCGACACCCUCUCCGCUGGGUAGGUACCUUUUGCUCCGCAAGCUUGACGACCCUACUUCCCGCCGCUGCUUGCCAGGCCAGCCAGCCUACUUUUUUUUCUUUGCUCCAUCAACAAACAUGUCAUUGAACUGGGUAAUGCUGGAUCGGGAUGGCGGCAUCGUUCCGCUGUCCAAGGAGAGGAUCCUAUAUAAACAGCAAUCCCGGAUAUCCUUGACCCUCUCAACGCCCUCCGAACUGAAGAACGCUCCUCCGUUUUGCGUCAAAAGUGACGCAGGCACAGUCUAUAUCACCACAUUCAGGGUCAUCUACCUGCCCGCCAGGCCAACGGAGCAGUUCAAGUCCUUUGCGGCGCCAGUGCUCGACUUCAAGGAUACACACAGCCCCAGCGGUGUCCUUGACCUCUUUAGCGCUUACUCCUGGAUCGGGCUGGUCCAGCCUGUGCCAGGUGGCAAUGUGCCUUCGGAGAUCCCUCGGCUGGAGAUCAAGCUGAAAUUCAACGAUGGUGGCUUCUCGGCCUUUCUCCAGAAUUUCAACACCAUCAAGGAGCGCCUCCAGCAUGCGCGGGACAUCAGGGCAGAAACAGGACAGAACAUCCCUGUUGAUGAGCCUCUGCCGCAAUACGAGCCAGCGGGCGGCAACGCAUCGGCCGCCGGGCCGUCGACAUCCACCACAACAGCAGCACCUCAACCACAGCAGCAACAACAGCAGCAGCCUUUAGUGGCUCAGACAUCAGAACCAUCCCACACCCCGCAGCCACCACCGGACGAGGCGCCGCCGGGCUACGAAGAGGCCCAGGCCCAGGCCAUCGGGGAACGAAUGGAGCAGACGCUCCGCGAUGAAGCUGAAAGGCAAUGACGGGAGGGUCACCGAGACGCGAUACACAUGAUGUCUCGAUCCCGUUCCCACACCAAAUACUCAGAAUGGAGCAUCAGAAACAAGGAAACUGCGCCCGCGCGGUUGCUCAGCGGCUACGAUCCCACCGAACGAGGGCGUUCCGUAUCGCUGUUCCGCCGCCUCUGAAUCCUCUUUUCCCCCUUUCCUUUCCAGAUUGCGCAGCAGAAUGUCCCUUUCUUUGGCUGGUUUUUGCACGACUAGAUUUGUCAGUUCCGUUACUGGGCAGUAUGUGUUCCAUUUCGUCCGUCUCCUUUCCGCCUCGCUGCACGAGAUCGAGUUUGCAGAAGAUGUCGUGGCGGAUGGUGGGAACAAAUCGAUAGCAGCGACGGGAAUUCUGGUACACACGCACAUGGGUGGGGUUUGUUGCAGAUCUCGCGAAUGAAUUAACGUUUACAAUCCCGGAUCUCUGGCUCUCGUCUUCAUUGGAUCAAGAUUUCAAAGUCAAUUUGGUUGGACUUGGUGCAAGCUAGCUGCACUGGCCACCGGGCCACCGCGAUCAUGUGACACACGUGCCC